AUGGCUUUCCAUCUCCGACUCUUCUAUAUAUGGGUCUCGAUCUCUGUCAUGUUUUAUGAUGAUGUUGAAGCGUCGAAGCAAGUCGGCGUAUCGGAUACCGCGGCUGCCCUAGGACAAGCAGUGGCCGAUCUUCUGGCUCAAGGCAAUCUCACCAACGAGGAGUUUAACGAGAUAGCAGCGGAGAAAGAAUUCUUCAAUAACGCCGUCAGGAAUUGGUGCUUACUGAAUGGAGAAUCUGGUGCUAUCGAGUAUCCGAAGUAUCCCGAACUGCGUAGCGAACUCCAAAAUCUAUUCGACUCCCCAAAAUUGGGAAAAGGUUGGCGGCGCUUCGCCCACGUCUUCUACAGCGCCUCGGAUGAUAGACAUGGCAAGGGUUUGGUAUGGGGCUACAACUGUUUCGAGCCGAUACUCUGUCAUCACGAGCACUACAAAAGUGGCAUGACAGUUUUCUUCGCCUGGCUACAACGAGACCGUCAUCCACCGGUCGACGAAACAGCGAUCCAAGAAGUUGCCAAAGAAUCCGCAGCCAAGGUGCUACGUGCAUUUGUCGACACGGUCGGAAUGGUAUACCCCCGGAAUUGGAACUACGAGGCAAUGGAAGUCGCCGACGCAACGAUGCCAAUUGUUCUUGGGAAAGCAUGGAGCAAGGACGGAGUUGCUCGUAUGGGGGACACGGCAACGCAAGCGGGCGGUUAUGCCAAGUUGCAGAAAAGUGUGCAUAGCUUCGGUGCUGCAGAAGUCGACUACGACACUCACUUUGUCCUCUGCUUU